AUGGGCCAUAUUGUUCACCCAAAACGGAAAACAAAGGCAAUGCAUAACAUUUUACUCCACGAACGUCGUCGACUCUCAGCGCGACAGAUGCUUGGUGCUUGCAUAAUGACCGGAAUGCCAUAUACAAAAGGUGC